GCAGCAGCGGCUCCUGCGGCUCCUUAUCCGGGUUCGUGCGCAGCACGAGCGCCUUCCUGCACCAGCCAGGCACGGGCGUGGAGAUGAGUCCCCGGUAGAAGGUUGAUGUUUCAUCCAAGGGGGCCGCCAGGGUUGCUUUCGAGAUAGACCCCUGAGACGGCACGAGGGCUCCACCCCUCUCCUGAAACUCUCUCCGCCCACUGCUGUACAGCUCCACCCCCAAACGCCUGUUGAAUCAGACCCAGUGCUCAGCUCUACUGCCUCCAUAGGCCCCUCAGCCAAUCUGCUGGGGCAAGACAGCGUCGCCAUGGACACAGAGUCAACGUACUCUGGGUACUCCUAUUAUUCCGGGCGGUCCAGGGGCUCCCACAGGCAUGGGGAGCGCAGCCGCGACCGCCACAAGUCCCGCAGCAAAGACAGCCGCUCCGAAAAGUCGGUGACUAUCAACGCCCCUCCCGCUGAGCCGCUGCUGGGGGAGCAGUCCACCCGUGGAGAAGAGGUCCAGGAUGACAACUGGGGCGAAACCACGACGGCGGUCACAGGCACGUCGGAACACAGCCUCUCACAGGAGGACAUUGUGCGCAUCACCAAGGACAUGGAGGCCAGCGUGGGCCUGGACUGCCGUCGCUAUGUGGGCCUCGUUUUGUCAGCAGCACUGGGCCUGCUGGUGCUGCUCACGCCUGUGGCCUUCCUGGCCCUGCCCCACGCGCUCUGGCGCCCGCAGGACUGCCACACACCCUGCCAGGGCCUGCUCAUCUCCCUGGCCUUCAAGCUGCUGGUGCUGCUGCUGGCCGUGUGGGCGCUGUUCCUCCGCCCGCUGCGUGCCCGCAUGCCCCGCAUCUUUGUCUUCCGUGCCCUGCUCAUGCUGCUUGUGCUGCUCGUAGUCGUGUCCUACUGGCUCUUCUAUGGGGUUCGGAUCCUGCAGUCUCAGGACGAGAACUAUCAGGGCAUCGUGCAGUACGCCGUGUCGCUGGUGGACACCCUGCUCUUCAUCCACUACCUGGCCAUCGUGCUGCUGGAGCUGCGGCACCUUCAGGUCAUCUACUCCGUGCGGGUCACACGCUCCACCGAUGGGGAGACGCGCCACUACAGCUUGGGCCAGCUCAGCAUUCAGCGGGCUGCCCUGGUCAUCCUGGAGAACUACUACAGGGAUUUCCCUGUCCACAAUCCUGCCCUGCUGACUGCGGCCAAGUCGCGUGCCACCAAGCACAUGGCCGGCCUCAAGGUCUACAACGUGGACGGCCCGGCAAACAACAGCACCCCUAGUCAGUCUCGAGCUAUGAUUGCAGCGGCCGCCCGGCGGCGGGAUACCAGUCACAAUGAGUUGUACUACGAGGAGGCGGACCACGAGCGUCGCGUGAGGAAGCGGAGGGCCAGGUUGGUGGUGGCUGUCGAGGAGGCGUUCACCCACAUCAAGCGCAUGCAGGAGGAGGACCAGAAGAAGCCCCCCAGCGAGGUGAUGGACCCGCGAGAGGCUGCCCAGGCCAUCUUCCCCUCCAUGGCCCGAGCGCUGCAGAAGUACCUCCGCACCACUAGGCAACAGCACUGCCACACCAUGGAGAGCAUUCAGCAGCACCUGGCCUUCUGCAUCACCAACAACAUGACGCCUAAGGCCUUUCUGGAAAGCUACCUGACUCCCGGACCCACGCUGCAGUACGGCCGCGAUCGCUGGCUGGCCAGACACUGGACGCUGGUCAGCGAAGACUCGGUGACAAGUGGCUUGAAGGACGGCUCCGUCUUCCUGCUCAAGUGCAUAGACUUCAGCCUGGUGGUCACUGCCACUAAGAUCCCUUUUAUAAAGCUCUCUGAGGAGUUCAUCGACCCCAAGUCACACAAAUUCGUCCUUCGGUUGCAGUCAGAAACGUCCGUGUAGGAAUGUGUUCUUUUUAAUUUUUUUUUCUACUUUCCUCCUCCACUUUG